UCUCGGAUGGCGGACACGGUGGUUUCUGCUCACAGCUCAGAGGAUCUCCUGGUCGACUUUGAGACUCUCCUGAACAGCGGCAGCAUCGACCUGAGCGCAGAUCAUCAGAUCGUCAUAAUCUCUCCAGCAUGCGGCAACGUGGAGCUCGUCCAGCCCCGGAGCGCAGGAACGGAUCUGCUACUGUUCUCCACGCCGCACAGCACCGCGCCACUGCAGCGUAGAGACACUGCGCCGGGUCGCCCACCGGUGAAGAGGAAGUUGGACUUGGACAAUGAUCACCAGUACAUCAGCACUACCAGACCACCUCCACCAUGUCCUGCUCCUCCUGCUACACCUGGACGUCCCAGAGUCCCUCGGCUAAGCACGGAGAAAUCACGCUAUGACACAUCCCUGAACCUCACCACCAAACGCUUCCUGGACCUGCUGGCUCAGUCUCCGGACGGCGUUGUGGACCUGAACUGGGCCUCGCAGGUGCUGGACGUCCAGAAGAGACGCAUCUACGACAUUACCAACGUCCUAGAGGGCAUUCAUCUCAUCUCCAAGAAAUCCAAGAACAACAUUCAGUGGCUUGGUAGCCGUAUUGACGGUGCUUCAGUCGCUCGUUAUCAGGAGUUACAGAGAGAAGUGUCUGAACUGUCCGACGCUGAAGAUAAAUUGGACGAACUCAUUAACAAGUGCAGCCUGCAGCUCCGCCUCCUCACUGAGGAUUCAGAGAAUAAGAUGAUGGGGUACGUGAGGUGUCAGGACCUGCGCAGCACCGUGGACCCUCCGGAUCAGAUCGUCAUCGUGAUCCGAGCCCCACCCGAGACGCAGAUGACCGUCACCGAGCCCAGUGAGGGGUACCAGAUCUCCCUGAAAAGCACUACGGGGCCCAUCGACGUGUUCCUGUGUCCUGAGGACAGCUCUGGAGUUUGUAGUCCUGUAACGGGCUGCAGUCCUGCAAAAUCGUCCCCCCACAGCCCUCCUCGUCUGGCCUCGUCCGCACAGGAAGCGAGGUCGCCGACGCUCCCGAACGCCUCCCCACUUCCUUUAGCGAAUGAGACAGAGUCGAUGUUGGACCCGUUCUCGGGUAUGAGUGAGAUUGCCGACUUUGACCCCUUGACUCUGGGCUCGUCAGACUUCCUUUUGGAUCGGACCGGUCCCGGUUCCGGUUCUGGCUCGGAUCCCUUCGGCCUUCCGAUCGAGAGCUUCAUCAGCUUGUCUCCGCCCCACACGCAGGACUACCACUUCGGUCUGGAGGACCACGAGGGCAUCAGUGAACUGUUCGACUGCGACUUCACCGACCUCGGACCUCUGUUCUGAGAGUCUCUGUUCGUAUCGUCCCUCGACUGACUAAAAAUAUUAGCACCCAUUUUUAAAGCACUUUUCGAAUUUUGUCUCUAACACAAAAAAUAUUUUUUUUUCCACUUGUCUGGAAACUGACUCCCGUUUGCAUCUUCAGCACUUCCUGCUUCAUCGUGCUUCAUCACGCUGCAGCUCCGAGCUGCCUUUCAUCCUUCACUAGCACUUCACCCCAGCCGUCUCUGAGCUCCGCUUCCUUAAUCAGUUUAAUUUAUUUAUAUAAAAUAUAACGUAAUCUCUUUUUCUUUUAUUAUUGUUGAAGUUUUGUAGAUGUAAAGAGGGUUGUAUGUUAUGUGCAUAGAGGAGUGUGUAGUGUACGUGUGUGUGCGUGUGUAGAGAUUUGAAACCGAGAUUUCCUAAGGUUUUGCUCAGGUGGAAAGACUUUUCCUUCGUUACAGUAUGCAUUUUAAGACGCAUCCUCGUCGAUUUGUCCUCAUGCGUAACGGGCGAGUGGCCGCUUGCAGCGGUAGAGAAGAGUGUAGUGCUUGCUGCCAUGGAAUUUAGCUAGCUUGUUUAAAAGCUAGCAGUGCAAACUAGUGACGUUAUUUUAGCUACCGUGUACAGAUGUAGUCAUGGUUGACUACGUAAACCCCUACGUUUAAAUAAAUAAAAUUACAUUCGAUUGCACUGCAUUCUGGGUAUUUAAUCCCUCGUCCUUCAGACGAACACAAUAACGUAACAGUCAUUAAAAUGGCGACGGUGAUAUAACCAUGGGAAAGUUGACAAGUUAGCUAGAUCGCUGUAUUUCUAGCGACAGUCAUAGGUUCUGCGUGUGUAGAGUGUUUUCUCGGUGCUUAGCCAAUAUUUUCUUACUACUUGAACCAUUUAAACAGAAAUAAUGUCUUGUGUUCACCUUUUUACGGCGAAAGCACAAAGUAUGAAAAAUGUAUAAAAUUUAAAUAAUUGUUAGCGCUCCUGCCUUCUGGGUAAUAUUCUCUUCCCGAUAUUCUUGAAAGUACCUUAAACACGGUGACUAGGAUUCAGCCGAGGGCAAAUAGGUAGGGGAAGUCGACGAGGGUGUGUUAUGAACGUGGUAUUGGAACACAGCCCUGGUUCAUAUAGCUUCUUGUAGUCUGUAGAGGUUUUAUUUAAUAAGCUAUUUCCUUCAUACACGAGUAUGAGCUAACCAACUGCCCGUGUGUGUGUGUGUGUGUGUGUGAGUGAGAGAGGGAAGGGGGCCGGGUUUUCAGAAAGGCAGCUUGUUUUAUUUAGAGAGAGAGAGAGUGUGUGUAAAGGGUUUAUUUGUCGUUUUAAGGUGUGCAGUGUGUUUAAGAAGUUUUAGGGUUUUUCCAUGUUGGUUUUAUGUGUGUGUGUGAGAGUGAUCAUGAUGUCCAUUCAGCAGAAUGGUGGAUAUGUUUGGAGAAAAUGUAUAUCCAUAUGCAAAUUCUUUAUUAAGUGGCUUUUUAAUGAUCGACAGUAAAAAAAAACAAAAAAAAACAAUGUUUCUGUUUCAUCAACAAUCCCAAAUAAAUCAGUUAUCUCCCUUCA